UCACGUGGUCCGCUGCACGGCCUGCACGUGUUAUGGCAUGUUGAUGAUUCCGUGUCGACUGCUCCAAUGUGUCAAUUGGUCUUCAUAAUUUCCUUGCAAACCAUGUCGACAAAAAAUAAAGUAAAAUUCUCUUCUAUACAAGUCUACUGAUGAAAUGUCUAAGUGACAAUAAAUUUUGCAAGAGGUCCUAUUAACAAUGCAAUAAGAAAUUGGUGUAAAAUGAGUUUAAACGAUAACGAUUGUGACAAUGACGAUAAUAGACCAAAAACUCCACUGGAGGAAGAUUGUUGUGGUAGUGGCUGCACACCUUGUAUCUUUGACGUUCACAAAACACUGCUAAGAGAAUGGGAAAAUGGAAAGACACGAGCGAAAGUUAAAACAGUUGGCAAUUUAUUAUCUCUUUUAUCUUACAAAACCUUCGUUAUCACAGAUAUAUCUGAUGCAUCGGAAGAUUACAUUUUAGUUCGCUUGGAAUAUCCAGAAUGCAAAGUAGAAAAAAAUAUUAUUUUGCAUCUCACACCUGGCCAGUACGUCAUGCUACACUCCUGGAGUAAAUCCCGACCAUACACCCCGAUUGCUUGGACAUACAGGGGUUUCGUUUUCUUAAUAAAAUUAUAUACAGACGGUGAAUUCAGUUCGCUUUUGAAAAAUGCACCAAUUGGUAGUGCAGUUGACGUCAGAGGUCCUUACGGAGAUUUUAAGUAUGAAAGUAAUAGUUUUCAGCAGAUUGUCAUGUUUAGUAUCGGCUCGGGAAUAGCAGCGCUUUAUCCAGUUGCCAAAGCGAUCGUUGACGACGAAACGGAAUUGACAAGAGUACAUCUUGUUGCGGGAUUUAGGUCGGUAGCGCAUGUGCCUCUGAAAAAAGAAUUGACGCAUCUAGCGGGUUAUUGGAAUUUCAAAUGUACGUUACAGCUGUCCCAAUUAAAUGACACGACAGUCAACCUUCAUGGUUUUAAUAUAAACGCCGGCCGUUUGAGCAAAGUACUUGUUGCCGAUUAUCUCCAAUCUAAUGAUACGGAGACAACAUUAAUUUUAAUAUGUGGAACUUUGAAGUUCAACCAGUCCAUGAAAGAAUGGCUCCAAGCAAUGAAUUAUACGCAUAUACAUAUAUUUGAAUGAAAUUAGGCAUUUUAAGGAUUAUAAAUUAAUAUUUACCUUUAUCAUUUAAUGGGACAGGAAAUGCUUUCCUUGCAGUGUGGACAAUUGCCAUGGAUAUGGUCGAACACAACUUGAUUCGCACCGUUUCUUUGUAACCACUGUUAUAAAAAAAAAAAAAAUUUUAUUGAAGUACAUUUUGUUUUAUAUCACGUUCAAUUCUGUUAAUGCUCUUUUAGAAAUGUCUACCCAUUUUUUCUGUUUUGAAUGUUGAAAUAUAUAAUUGUUAUUUUA